AUGAGGGUGAAGACAGGAGGAAGCUGGAGCAAGUGGAGCUCAGAAAUUCAGCUUGAACCCAGGAGACCAGGAGAUGAGGCCAAGUCCCAAAACCUCCAAUGCUUUUUAUCUGAUAUAAAGUUAUUGACGUGCACCUGGACACAGAGGGUGGAAGUAACCGACUCUGUGUCCUUCCAACUUUAUCACAAGCAGAAAGAGUCAUCCAUGGAGCACAGUUGUCAUCCCAGAUGCAAGCAGUUGCUGCCAAACUUGCCGCACCUAGCCUGUCAGUGCAGCAUUUCACUGGAAGAUGAAAACACCUUGCCUACAAUAAGUAUCCGAACAGUAGAAGAAGUGAAAUCCUUUCGACCUUGUAUUCACAUAAAUAUCCCACCAAGAAACCUGACAAUUAAGGAGGUAAACAAUGGGGAGGCAUACACUGCCAGCUGGCAUACGAAAGAACCAACGGAGAAGCCGGAGUUUAAGCUGCAGUUUGAGCUUUGCUACUGGACAGAGGAUGAGCCACCUUUAAACGAGGUAUCUUCAGACUGUCCCCGUAACCCAGAUAAACUAUCACUUAGUCAAUAUCCUGAGGUGGUGCUCACAUUGGGUGAACAACUCAAGCCCCUCAGAACAUACCAUGCCAAGCUCCGGAUGCGCGUGGCUGAUGAAGAUCCAAAAGACUGUUUCCAAGGACCGUGGAGUCAAUGGAGCAGUAUCCAGACAUGGAAGACCAAAUCAGUUACUUCUUACCUGAUCCGCUAUAUAACCAUCAUUGUAUGUUCCAUCAUCUUCAUCAUUGUUUGCGCAUUUGGGUAUAAACGUUUGGUGAGGUAUAAAAAGCAAUGGGAUGAAAUUAUUCCAGAUCCAGGCAAAAGUAAACACAUAGUGGAUUUCCAGCGGGAAAUGAAUAGAUCAACUUCCAUUUCUCCCGAACACUAUUUUUAUGAGGAAAUUACUAGCAGGUUCAGUGCCGUAUCCGAUUCUGCGGUGAUAGGGUCAAAGGAUAUUGGAGCUGUCAAAGGAGAUGAAGAACAGAAUAACCAAACCUACAGGCUUCAAUCUUAUGAUAAUAAUACAUACUUGUUUAGCCCUACUCAGCCUGGAAGCAAGAAUAAUGUAUCAAGUCAUCAUUCUUCUGAUCUAGAGACCAAUGUGAAAUGUGAAAUUCCCAACUUCUCAUUAUGUUCCUUUAAUGGUCCAUACCUUCUCUUUCCAUCUAACACUGAGGAAAGCGCUUCAACGGUGGACAACAUAAAUACCCAAGUGGAAGGUUAGAUCCUUGUUGGUCCACAAGAAGAAUUCACUAGUAGGGACUGUGACAAGGUUGAUGACAAACUGAGAUGAUGAGAUGCCUACACAAUGCAAGUCCACAAUGUGGACGGCAAACUGUAUCACAUUGGACUGAAAGGAUAACUGUGGGGUCUAAAGGUCGGUGAACUGGCUAGUGGAGUGUCACAAGCUGAGCUAAA